UCCAAAACGGGCUCUUAAGCGCUGAUGAACAGACUCCAACAUUGGUUGGGCGAAGUUUAUCCAGAACAAACAAACAAAACAAAAAAGGAUACUGGUCUUUAUGUGCAAUUUUUUGUACACAUAGGACGGUCAUCGGCAUCAGGAAAACCUCAUGUCAUUGAUUGUGAGAGAUAUCAGUAGAAACAAUUAGUCAGGGAAGCAGGUUAAAGAUCAGCUGCAACAACUCUGAACUGCGAGUCCUCUGACUUUCUUCUUCCUCCUAAGAAACAGCUAACCUUCCCCUUCACAUUCCUCAACUUGAGCAUCUCUCUCGUUAAACGCGUAUUCUACAAUUCUUUUGUUAUCUUCUUCUUCAGUUUCAUCUUUUCUCUGGGCAAUUUCCUUCGUUCCUAUUUUGUUCUUGGGAUUCCUUUAAAGAUUAAUGUUUCCCAUGCAAUGUUAUGAUUAUGCUUUAUUUGAAGCUUUCUUUUUAUUGACAGUCUAAAAAGUCUGCAUGUAAGGAGCAGGUUCAUAUCUGGUAAAGCUCUCACCUUUCUUUCUUCUUCUUCUAUGUUUUUUGCUUUGAACCAAUCUUUAAAUUGAAAUAUUAUCAGUUCAUCUGGAUCUGAUUCAUCACAGAAAACCCAUUUUUUCCCCAACAUUUAAUUAGUUUCUGCAGUUUUCUUUUGUUGGUACAAUUUGAAGGAACGGGAGUAAAUUGUGUAGACCCAAAAUAGUGUAUAUGAAGCACAACAGCCCUUUUUUCUAUUCCAAGCUUUCGGCGUUAAUGGAGGUAUCUUAUUUGUGUGACAAGAUUGCCCCUUGAUGAGGUUCUAAUUUACUCCCACCCAACCCUCACAGGCUUGUCCCAUUGACCUCGUGACAUUGCAUUCAAUAGGAUAAGAAUGAAAUUAAUGCUCUCCCUAGGAUUACUAUUACUCCGUAUUAUUUUCCAUUUCUCCCAUUAUCUAUUUUUGGUUACUAUGGCUCUUCCUGUUCAAAACCAAAAAUGUAUUUCGAAAAUAAAUUAUAUAUGACCUUUAAUGUGUAUUGACUAAAGACUUUAGAGCUAUUUUCAGAUACUGUAGUGAUUAUUAUGAUGUUCAUGAGUUCUAUUUCCUUAAUAUGUAUAUGAAAGUCUAUUUAAAAAUAAUGAAAAUAAGAAAUACUUAUUUCCUAACAUUAGAAAAGUCAGUAAUCUUGAAUUGGCUAUUUGGGGUGGGGGUGGCAUUAAUGAUAUGUGUUGGCAUUGGAUGCCCAGUGAUAAUAAUCUAAUUGUUUUGCCCCUUAGCUUGGGUUGAUAGAAACAUCUGCUGCAAAGGCACUGUGGGGGCAGAGUAUUCACUCACUCUCACUUAUAUACGGAAUACUCUCUUAUUCAUGGUAUUGAAAGUGGUCACAAAGGGUAGUUGAGUGAGAUAUGCAGACUCCAAAACCAAGAAAUCGUACUUCAGACGUACCUCAAAGAAAAAGGUCACCACAAUCAGUGCCUUCAAAAGUUCCUACAAAGAUCUCACCACGAGCCGUUUCCAAUGAUGUUCCUAGAAAAGUUUCUCCGCGAACUUCCUCUCACAAUGCAGCAUCUCAACAAAAGAUUUCGCCAAGGAUUGUCCGCCAGCUUUUGCCAAACACCGCUAGCUCUACCACUUCUUCUCCGCAUUCAAUUUGCAGCAGUAAAAAGCAAAGAAGUCCCAAAGCCAAUGAGCAAGGAAGUCCCAAAGCCAGUGAACUAAGUUCACCCCAUAGUUUAGGGUCAGAGGAGCAUUCAAACAGGCGUAGUGAGUUGGAAUCUCAGAUACUUGAGCUUCAGAAUGAUCUAAAGAAAGUAAAAGAAGAGUUACAUUCCACAGAAGCAUUGAAAGAUCAAGCAAAUCAAGAAGCAGACGACUCAAAAAGACAGCUUUCUCACUUAUCUUCAAAACUGCAAGAAUCUCAGGAGCAAUUGAUGAAACGAACACCCGUCCCCACCUUAGAUGAGUCAAUAGAGCUUCAAAACUUGAAGGAGUCCCUGUCUGAGACUCUAUUGAUUGUGGAGGAAUUGAAAACCCAGCUAAGCAAUUGCAGAGAGUCAGAAGCUAGGGCAGAAUCCCUCAUCAAUGAAAAACACAAAACCUUCGAAUCCGAAAUUGAAACCCUCCAAGAUGCUCUGGACGCAUCCGAAGCAAAAAUCGCCGAAGAACAAACGCGAAGCACUGUAGAGAUCAGAGGCGCUUACGAGUUCGUUGAACAGAUUAUCUCCUCGUCGAACCAGAAAGAGGCCGAACUUAGAGACGAAGUACAGAAACUGAGCAUAGAGAUCGAGGAAUUGAAGGCAAAUCUUAUGGAUAAGGAAACCGAAUUGCAAGGGAUAUGCGAAGAGAACGAAAACCUAGCUCUGAAAUUGGAGAAUAGACGGUCGGGACAGCGGGAAUAUGAACUGGAGAGGGAGGUUAGGUAUCUGAAGGAAAAAUUGACAGAAAUGAAGAUGAUAUAUGAGGAAAAUGGGAGGAGAAGUGAAGGCAUUAUGGAGCAGAUGGAGGUGGUGGAGGCGUACAAUGCGGAAAUGGAAGAGGAGUUGAGAAGGGUGAAGGUGCAGAGUGAGCAAUGGCGGAAGGCUGCAGAAGCUGCGUCUGCAAUGCUUUCAUCCGGCGCCGGGAUGAUCAGCGCCCCUCCUCCUCCUCCUCCUUGUUUUGAAGAAGGAGAUGAAGAUCUGCAGAAGAGGAAAAAUGCAAAUGUGCUCAAGAGAAUUAGCAGCCCGUGGAAGAAGAUACAGAAAUAGCAGCUUCUUGCUGAGUGAGGGUUUUUGAAGUUUUAUGGGAAUUUUAACAAGAUAAGAAUAAAAAUAUGUUGAAAUUUCAAAAUCGGGUACUGUUUAAUUUUUGAAAAAAUUCAGCUAAUAUUACUCAUGCACAAGUGACGGUAGACCUGUCCCGAUUUCCGUUCAUUCUUAUAUUAUUCACUUUUUCAAGUUAAUACCAUCAUAACAUUUUCACUUUAUAACUGUACCACUCACUUUUGUCUCAAUAUUAAGAGAACGGAACCCGGAGGUAGUAUGUUUUAGUAAUAUAUAUUAAUAUAUAUUGUAC